AUGACGAUUGGCAGCACUUUGGAUACAUCAACAAAUUAUUUAUUUCCAUCAUCAACAAGUGAAGAUACAACAAUGCGAUUUUCUUUAACACCGUAUCCAGGUGAAAAAGGUUUUCAACAAUGGAAAGAUGCUAUAUCCGUUGCUAUACGAAUGCCAGGUGGUUUACCACCUUCAAUUCGUCAAAAACUUUGGAUAUCAUUAGCUACAAAUUAUAUACGAGAAAUUCAUUUAGAUUGGGAUAAAACAUGUCGAUUUGCUUUUAAUAAUUUUUCAAAUCCAGAUGAUGAUCAACUUGGUAUUCAAAUAGUUAAAGAUCUUCAUCGAACUGGUUGUAGUUGGUCAUCAAAUGAACAUGAUCGUGCAACAUUAAAACGUGUUUUACUUGCAUUUGCACGUUAUAAUAAAUCAAUUGGUUAUUGUCAAGGUUUAAAUAUUUUAACUGGUGUUAUACUUGAUAUUGUUGAUAUGAAUGAAGAAUAUGCCUUAAUGAUAUUAAUUUAUUUAAUUGAUAGUAUAUUACCAAAUUUUUUUUCAAAUAAUUUACGUGCAUUAGCUAUUGAUAUGGCAGUUUUUCGUGAAUGGUUAAGAAUGUAUAAUAGUAAAUUACAUAUACAUUUACAAAAACUUCAAUCAUCAUCACAUGACGCAUCAGGUACAAUAUAUGAACCACCAUUAUUAAAUGUAUUUACAAUACAAUGGUUUUUAACAUUAUUUGCAACAUGUUUACCAAGACGUGCAACUUUACGUGUUUGGGAUGCAUUAAUGAUUGAAGGAAAUGAAAUAUUAUUUCGUACGGGACUUGUACUUUGGUCGAAAUUAGCAACUUCGGUUUUGAAAGUAUCAACAGCUGAUCAAUUUUAUUCAGCAAUGGCAACUUUAUCAGUUCAAUUAUUAGAUGAAAAAAUUAUUGAUGCGGAUAAUCUUAUAAAAGAAAUUUAUAAUUUUGGUCCAUUUCCUACACCCAUGUUAUCUGAUUUACGUCAAAAAUUUUCAUUUAAUAUAACACCAUUUCAACAAUUAUCUGCAUCAACUACAAAUAUACCGGAUGAUGGAACAAUAAAACAAGGAGUGGUACGAUCAAAUAGUGAUGAAUUAAAAUUAAAAGAUAAUAAACGAUCGAAAAGAAAAAUUAAUACAAUUACUGAUGAUGAAACUACAGCUGAUGAAGAUAUUGCUAAUUUUAUGUCUUGUUUUGCAAUCUUAUCAUCUCCAUCACGAAAUAAUCGACUUGAAUAUCAUUCAAAUGAUUCAACAACAAUAAAUAAUAAUCCUACAGCAUUAUCACGUUUAACACCUGGAGCUUAUUCAAAUUUACCAACAACACAUAAAACAAAUUCAAUUGAAGAUUCUUUAUCACUUGAUAUAAGUCAACUUCGACAACAAUAUAAAAAACUUAAAGAACGUAAUAAACAAGUACAAAUUAUUGUUCAAACUGCUUCUAAUGAACAAAAACAACGAUCACGAGCACCAUCAAUGCAUUCAUCAACAACAAAUAAUUCAGAAAAUUUUCGUCGUCCAACAAUAUCUUCACUUGAAUUUUCUACAUCAAAAUUACCAUCAUCUGUUUGUUCAAUAUCUAGUGGUCCAAUAGUUAAUCAUUUAUUAAUUAAACCAACAGAUAUAAAACGAAAUCAAUUUAAAAAAACUGUUUCUAUUAAAUCUUCAUCAUCAUCUAUACCAAUACCAGAUCGACAACCUAAAGUACUUCAAACAAUUCAAACAGAAUCAAUUCCACAAGAAAAAGUUCAACGUUCAAAAGAACAAGAAGCUGAAGAAGCAGCUGAAUUACAACAAGAAUUAGAUCAAUUAUUAACAAGCCUUAAUCUUGAAAAACCAACAACAUCAUCAUCAUCAUCAUCAUCAUUAUUAUCAAAAAUAUCUGAUGAAAAAGAAAAAUCUACAACACAUGAAACAAUUCAACUUAAAAAUGUUGCACAAACACUUUAUAAUUAUGAAAAAGUUCAAGUAACAACCAAUGAAAAAAAAGAAUCACCUAAUUUAAUUGAUCGUUUAUUAACAUCACGUUCUGUACAAAUACCUAAAUAUUCAUCAUUUAAUCCAUUUCCUUCACGAUCAUUUAAUGAAAAUGUUGCUGUCAAUGGUUAUAAACUUGGAUUAUAUGCACCUAAUCCAACAAAUCAUUAA